AUGGCCAGAGUCUCCGUCCUUGCUGAUGCUUUGAACUCCAUUAACAAUGCCGAGAAGACCGGUAAGCGUCAAGUCUUGAUCAGACCAUCUUCCAAGGUGAUCAUCAAGUUCUUGCAAGUCAUGCAAAAGCACGGCUACAUCGGCGAGUUCGAAUACAUUGACGACCACAGAUCUGGUAAGAUUGUUGUUCAAUUGAACGGUAGAUUGAACAAGUGUGGUGUCAUCUCCCCAAGAUUCAACGUCAAGAUCAACGACAUCGAGAAGUGGACCGAAAACUUGUUGCCAGCUAGACAAUUCGGUUACGUCAUCUUGACUACCUCUGCCGGUAUUAUGGACCACGAAGAGGCCAGAAGAAAGCACGUUUCUGGUAAAAUCUUGGGUUUCGUCUACUAA